UGGUGUGUUUGAAUGUCUGUGUGAAGGGGAGUGUGUGCGUGGGACUAGGGGCUAUUUAAAUGUCGUUUCUGAUUAAUUUAUUUUAAAUAUAUAACUGUUUUACAAAGCACUUUAUAAGACUGUAAACUUAAAGGAUUUACACAAUGGUUGCAACAGGCACGCUAAACUGGAAUUCUGAGUGCCUCUCUGAAUUUGCCAACGGAGGAUAUGACCGAGUUUGUAUCGAUUAUGAAAUUGACUUUUGGGAGAGGUGUUUGGCUGAGCCUUAUCUCUGUGCAGAAGUGUGUGAAGAACAGACAUGUCAGCAGCUCGCCCAGCUGCUCGAGGGCUGUCUGGCGAGGUCCAAAGCCAGCAAACUACAAUGUGAUCAUGUGCUGGUGCCAGAGACUCUGACCCGGCGGGUAGCACAGGAUGUGCUCCGUCUGGCUGCGGGGGAACCGUGUGGGUUGCGGGGCUGCGUGCUGGAUGUCCGCCUCGAGCUGGCGGAGCAGCAGCGCCGCUGUGAGAGACUCGAGCGUCUCGCUUGUGAUGCCAGUGUGGUGCCAACUUUUGAAUUGACAUUGGUCUUCAAACAGGAUGGUGGUGGUUGGCCGAGCCUCCGUGACUUUUUACGCAUGGGUACAUGUUUCCCACCUGGCACCCAUCGUGCACUUAAACUCCGCCCUGGGUUUCGGCUCAUUAAGAAAAAGCUUUACUCUGCUACUGGUAUGGUAGUUGAGGAGUGCUGAAUCAGACUGGCUGUGGGAAGGUUGGAGUUUUUAUUUUUAAGGGUACAAUGAUGCACUAUAACCAUUUAUAAUGAAUCUAAGAGUCUGCCAGAGGCGCUGCACAUGUUUUUGUAAAAAAAAAAAUGUUUGUUUGUUUUACUAUUGAUAUUAGAAGUGUUUAGAUUUUUGGGAGACCAUUGGGACAAAAUGUUGAGUUGGAUCAUUUGAUAAUGGGGUAUUUACUGUAGUUUGGGAAAGCAUUAAUGCAAGUGUUCAAACCUAGACUUUGUAACAGCCUGAUCUGAAAUGGUCCCUUUUCCCAAAUUUUUACGUCACAUUAGAAUCAGUGUUCCCAAUUAUUUAUAUUUUGAACUUCCAGGUGGUAAGAACAGGAAAGCAUUACUCUAAAAUUGGCCAUAUUUGUGAAUGUAUUGUGCUUUCUUUGUGUCUGUGCUAAUGAGCAUGCUGCUUUAAUGUAUGGAAUCUUUCAAACAUUAUCAAGAUUUACAACAUGUCACUGUUAAACUUGUUAUUAAUCAUUGUGCACAUGUUCUAGUGUUCAUCCUUUCAACUUUGUCACUGAAUACAUUUUUGCCAGCAGUGCAGCAUGUUACAUUUCACACCCUGUGUGUUGGUGAAAAUGGGAAAGGAUGCCGUUUUCAUGUGCAGCUCUCAAACUUCAUGACAAUCUGUGAAAUUUAAUUACUUUUAAGUGACACUAGUGGCACUCAUUGGAGAUUUUGCACUGCUUGGUCUGGACUUACAGGAGCAUGUGUUCUAUGUAUUAUCAGCUGCAGCAGUUCUUUUCUUUGCAUACUCAUGCAAAUGAAUGGAACCGGUGUCAGUAUCUGGUAACCUUGAGACAGAGAAGUGCCUUGUUAAUUAAAAUGUUUGAGGUCAAACAUUCAUAGUUUAGUAUUCCCUCGAAAUGGCUAAUAAUUUAAGACAAAAGGAAAUGCUGAGCUUUUAUAAAUUGUAUUCAUGGCCCCAAUAUCUUCUGAUUGUAAUUCAUGGUUUAAUUACAGCAAAUUCAGAAAUGAGAAACCAAAAACCAAACUGGCCUUGUAAGAUCAAUUGUUAAGAUUGUUGUUUUUGUAUUAAUGUUCCUGAUUCAAUAGAAGUUAAGAUCAAGUGACAGCAUUUGUGGCAUAAUGUUGAUUACCACACAAAUUAGUUGUCUUCCCGCCUUUUUCUUUAAAAAAACUAAACCAAUCUGGGUUUCAGUGAGGCACUUAUAGUGAAAGUUAAUGUGGCCAAUUUUUGGAGGGUUUAAACUGAAAUGUGAAGCUUAUAAUAAAAAACAAUACAUUCUUCUGUGAAAAAUUGUGUAUUAUUUGAGCUGUAAAGCUGUUUAAAUUGUCAUUCUUACAGUCAUUUUGGGUUUGUUGACAUUACAUCAUCAUGGUAAAAAAGUUACUAUACCUUUACACAGAAAAGGUGUUUUUACACACCUAUCCUUUGUCUUGUGGCUAUACUUUUGAAAUGGUGAGUAUUUGUGUUUAAAAAUUGGCCCCCAUUCACUUUUAUUGUAAGUCUCACAGAUUUGUAUUUUGUGUGUGUAUAUAUAUAUAUAUAUAUAUAUAUAGAAAAGGAGGGAUGGGUCAAAAUACAUUUUUGUGAAAAUCAAUAUUAUGCCACAAAUGCUGUUGAUUGAGCUCAGCUUGAUUGAACCUAGAAAAUUCCUUUUAAAUAUUUAAACAUAUUAAAGUUUGUUUGAAUGAUCUGAUAUUUAAAGUAAACAAAGACAUUGGCACACAGCAAAAUACUUGAGAGAAUUCCCAGGUUCAGUGAUUUACUGGCUAAUCAUAUGAUUCAAUUAUAUGAACUGUUGUGGCUAGAAAGGAUUGACUCAUUAAGAGUUUCAAAGAAAUGUGUCAAAAGGUCAGAUUUUAUUCUCUGCAAGUGUAGAAUUGUAUAAUUAUGUACGCUCUGGCAUUCAGUGUGAGUGUUAUAUAUGAACAAUGAGCAAAUACUUUUCUUAUUAAGUAGGAGACAAACUCUGUGCAGGAUUGUAUUAAACAGUCAAAUGUUUGUGUGGUUACGAGGGCUGCAUAUUAAUGCAAUUCUGUUGUUUGCUGUCUAAUUGUAAUUUCCUUGAAUGAUCUAUUAAAGGAGUCAUGUCAUG